AGGACACAAAACAGACAAAACAUUCAAAACAAUCGGCAAAACAUUAAACAAAGACUUGGAGUCAAACGUUUCAACAAUCAGUCGAUUAAUAAUCAAUUGAAUCGAAAUCAGUUCCCAAACAAUCGGAACAGAAAACCUAUUAAUCGCUCAAAUUUUAACAACAAUUUGAAUCGAAAUCCAAAUCAAAACUUUGUCCGCAAUAAUCAAAGGCGAAGAAAUGUCGGCAACAACUCUCAAAACAGGGCAACCGUUACCGCUGUUCGGCCUAAAGGACUUAAAGCCAAUCAAAACAAAGGCGUCCGAAGAGCGCAAGCAUUUAAAGGGACACAGAAUGCGAUGAGAAGUGGUUUUAAGCCAAAACAGAGACAAAUGGGUCAACAAAUGCGCGCUAAUCAGGCGAAGACCGGAAUCAAGAAGAAGUUCCAAAUCAACAGAAACUUUAAUACAAGAAAACAGACCCAACGAAAGGGACGUCCAGUCAAACCAGACAGAGAACAGUUGGACAAUGAUUUGGACGCAUAUAUGGCCAAAACUAAGAGCCAUUUGGACGCUGAGAUCGAUGUCUAUAUGUCACAAGCGAACUGAUCCAAUGAUCACCAUCUGAAUCACUAUUUCGGUUAAACGUUUGAAUGAAAUUAAUUUUAAGUUAACAUUAAUUACUGUCUAAAAAACAUUCAAUUUAUUUACGAUUAUUUAUGAUUUAAUGUUAACUCUUAUGUGUAUAUAAACUAAUAAAAAGUAAUCAUAUUUUGUAUUUAUUUCACUAAUAAU